AUGGAGGCGGUUCACGGCUUCUUCCUGCCGCUCAGGCUAAGGCCAUCGCAGGCCGGAGCGGAGGAGCAGGCCAAGGUGGUCUGGAUAUCGCACAGGGACGCGAGAACGUCCGACCCGCACAAGUUGCGUGACAUAUUUGUCAAUGAAAGGGCAUCGAUGUCACACUGGAUUAUGUUGGCACUGGCACUCCGCGAUGCUGGGCGUGUCGAACAAUUCGAGACAAUCCUAACGGAGAUGGAACAGAAGCUGGACGCGAGGGGCGCAGGCGCUGACGAAAAGUGUAGAGGAAGCAUAUACGCCGCCCUCGCUUUGCACAACAUCACACGGGUAGAGCAAGUGCAGCAAGGCGACGAGGAGCACACAAAACGUGUAGAUCUGGCGAACCGAUAUGUGACGUAUUGCAAAAAGCAACUACACUUCUCCUGGCGUAUAGCCAUGGGCUACUACCACAUCAAGCGCUUCCUGCCCAAGCGACAGAACAACGAACUGAUGCGCGCAAGGGAACACUACGGCGCGGCGGUGUCCAUGCGACCGCGUAGCAUCAUCGCCGCCAUGUACCUCGCGAACACCUUCGCCAUGGAGAACCAGUUCCAAACGGCGGCGCUGUAUUACACAAGGGCGCUGCUUCUAUGUAAGCACAUUGGCGUCCUGAUCACGUUGAGGAGAGAGGCCGCGCAACCCCUAAACGCGGACUAUGAGUGCGAGCUGAGGCAGAUGGAAUUGCAAAUAAAGCACCUCGAGGCCCUGGUGCUGUUCGCGCUCGCAUCCUGCAAGUUCUACGAGGGCGACCUCAGCGCAGCGAAGUCGCUGGUGGAGAAGUCACUGGAAACGGAGGAAACUUCCGUGGCGUUGCGCCUCAAAGCGGCGGUUUUGACGAAUUCCAUAUUUGAGGUCUCCAAUGAAAGUGACGCCGAAGGUUCAGUGCCAUCGGCACCAAACUCAGCGAGGGAAUCCAUGUCCUCGCUAAUCCAGCAGUGGAACGAGGCCUCGUGCAAAGCCUACAUGCUCGAUCCGUACAGUCCGUUGGGGCAGCUGCACAUGUGCGAUUUGCUCUUCAGACGGAACCGGAUAACGGAGUGCGAGGCCAGGCUGGAGGCGAUCGCAGCCUGCAAACUCUCGACGGAACUGCAGGCAGAAGUGGCCUACAAAGUAGCCAGAUGCGCCCAUGCACUGGGUGACUGGAAAAGGGCGGUCACGGGCUACAACAACGUACUCGCCAUCAGGACGGAAUACCUCCCAGCUCGCAUACAGCUCAUCAAAGCCUACAUCGGCGCGAAUGACCUCACGGCAGCCCGUGAGCAGUGCGAUUACCUCAACCAGUACAACAACAAGACGCCGGAGGUGUUGCGACUGAGCGCACACGCGUAUAUCGCAUCGGCCACUGAAAUACUGGAAGCUUGCAGAUCAAAACUCUUGCAAGCGGAAACUAACCUUGAGGAUAUCGACCUCACCUGCGCCAUGACCAACGUGCAGCAGGAUGUGAGCCGAUUGCUGGACGAGAGGCUAUUCAAGGCGCUGGGGAUACUGGAGGAGGCGCUUGUGGCUGAGCCCAACGACGUGCAUACCAUGGCGUACCUCAUCUAUUGCCUCGAAAUGCUAGUAACGCGUGGACGUGAGAACCUGGCUUACAGGCUUAGGGAGGUGUACAAGCGAUACACGCAACUGCAUGGCGGCGCAAUGUCGAAGCAGAUGCGCAACAACGACGCCGUCAUGGCGCUGAAGUUCAGGGAGUUCGGCGAAGCGGUAGAAAAGCUCGAUGCGCUCUGGGAAGAAAUCGAAAAUUCCGAGGACACUUCUAUCGCAAUCAAACUAACGGUGCAGUUCAAUCUAGCUCUUGCACUGGAGGAAUCCGGACAGUAUGCCAGGGCACACAAGAUCUACUCUACACUCACCAAGGAAUAUCCCAGGUACACGGCAGCAUGGCUCAGGAAGAGCGGCAUGAUGUUCAAAAGAGGAGAUGUAGAACAGGCGUACAAAUACCUGGAUCAGCUGAGGCAGCACCACGAGCGGAGCCUGGAUCCAUGGUUGUUCAAGGCGCACCACCUGUUCACCAUGGGCCGCUUCGACGAGUGUAUAGACAGACUGCGCAAACUCUUCAGGGGCAACGCCGCGGCGGGCUACGACGCGUACGCCAAUACGCUUUUUGCGUGCGCGCUCAUCAAGCGCUGCUCGAGGGGGACGUUCGGUUCGCUGCCAACGGACGUGGUUCACUACGCGAGGGCGGGACUCAGAAGGCCGGGGCUCUGCAAUUUCUACGCUGCAAACUGCAUCGCAGUGUACCUGGCACACGAAGGACAGCUCAAAACGGCCUACGAAUGCUUCGGCAUUCUUCUAGAGAGCCUUGCAACCACCUCGCACAUGAAAUACGUUGCGCACAAGAACAUGGGACUGUUCUGCGCCGCAACAGCGCUGGGCAACGAACGGCGGACCGAAAACGGAAAUUUUGACAAACUAAGGGCAGCGAAAGCACAGCAACACCUGCAGGCGGCACUGUCACUCAACAAGUUGGACGUCAACAACCACCUGGUAUAUGCACGUUUCACAUACGACGCCCAACGGCUGGAUGAAUGUAUCCAGUUCCUGGAAACGUGCCGCACCCUGUUCCCCAACAACAUCAAAAUUCUGUACAACCUGGUAAUCGCACUGGACGCCAAGCUGUGCAAGAACAUGAGGAACUCGGACAAGCUCGCAUCAGCUACCGAAGUGAACAAAAUGCUAACGCAGGCCAACUUCGUCAAAGCCGCCACAGCGCACCUCAUCAGUAUACACGAGGAGUACACGAAGAUGUCGAAGACGCACCUGCAACAGAUAGCUGCACGCGUCACAGAAAAGCUCAUACCGCACAUGGAUAGUGCGCUGCCGCAGCUAGAGGCAGCCGCUACCGCCAAGCAGCGUACCAAGGGCAAGCAUCUGGAGUUGCAGCUGUCCAUACAGCACGCGCACGAAGCCAAGCGCCUCGAAAAGGAGAUGGAGCAACAGCGGGCCCGAGAGGCCGAAAGCGCACUGUCGGAGCAGCUGCUCAAAGAAGCGUCCGAAAUCGCAUCGGAACUCAUGUAUUCUAGGCCUACGCUCCCGCAGCAGAGUGGGGGCAAUCGAUAG